CACAAUGCUAGACAUUAUACAUAUGUCACGCAUAAGCCGUUACCUUAGUCGGUUUAUUUAUUCAUCACGUAUUAUUUAUUUUUUUAAGUAUGUGUAAUAUCGUAUGUGUGCCUUGUGAGGGUAAUGAUAAUGAUGAUGGUGAUGACGAUGAUGAUGAUGAUGGUGAUGACGAUGAUGACGAUGAUGAUGAUGAUGAUGACGUCAAUGAUGACGAUGAUGAUAAGUAUGGUAUUCAUGAUCCUAACAACUGAUCUGCUGUCUGUGAUUAGCAAGAUGAUGUAGAAGUGAACUGGAAUCUCGAAUACAUCGAGCGUUACUGUGUUAAUGUGCAACUGGAGAUAUCCAGCCUUACGUCGCACAUUUCUUAUCUAUAUGUUUGGUGGUACAUGGCGUGCUAAAUUUCCAAGACAAAGUGAUCAUCCUAGACAAAUUUGCUGCAAUUUGAGAUUUAUAGAAAGAGGACCCGUUUUGAAAAGAUUUUUUGAUUCAGUGUAGAUAGUGGCUACAGGAUGAGCGACAACCAGCUCAUCAACCAUUUUCCAAACCACUAUGAAAUAUCUCGAAAGGAUCUUUUGGUGAAGAAUAUCAAAAGGUAUAGAAGAGAACUAGAGAAAGAGGGUAAUAGCUUGGCUGAGCGAGGAGAUUCAAAAUAUCUUCAUUUGGAUUUUAUACCAGUAACAUUUGUUCUACCUGCUGACUACAACAUGUUCGUUGAAGAAUACAGAAAAGCACCUCAAAGUACGUGGAUAAUGAAACCUUGUGGCAGAUCGCAAGGUUCUGGAAUAUUUCUCAUCAACAAGCUUUCCAAGUUGAAGCGAUGGUCUAGGGAGUCAAAAACUCCAUUUCAACAGCAAUUGACGAAAGAAAGUUAUGUCAUUUCGAAGUAUAUUGACAAUCCAUUGCUGAUUGGUGGGAAGAAGUUCGACUUAAGGCUAUACGUCUUGGUCACUUCGUUCAGACCUCUGAAGGCUUACCAGUUCCGUCUAGGCUUCUGCAGAUUCUGUACAGUGAAGUAUGACUCCAGUGUUGCUGAAUUAGACAACAUGUAUGUUCAUCUGACAAAUGUGUCCGUACAGAAGCACGGUGGAGAAUAUAACUCACUCCAUGGAGGAAAGCUUAGCGUUCAAAAUUUGAGGUUACAUUUGGAAAGUACAAGAGGCAAACAAGUUACUGAGAAGCUUUUCGACCAAAUCAGUUGGCUGAUAAUCCACUCAUUGAAGGCGAUUGCACCUGUCAUAGCAACUGACAGGCACUGUUUUGAGUGCUACGGCUACGACAUUAUCAUAGACAACAAGCUGAAGCCAUGGUUAAUAGAAGUCAAUGCUUCGCCAUCGUUGACUUCGACAACAGCUAAUGAUAGGAUUUUGAAGCAUAAACUAUUGGAUAAUAUCUUCAAUAUAGUCGUACCUCCUACAGGCUUCGAAGAAAAUGGAAUGAGGACUAAGGGCCGUAUCGUCAGUCGUUUCUAGAAUUGUAGGACGCCUUCAUGGCCUCCUUGAUUUUCCUUCAGAAAGGCUGGGGCGUUUCUAAAUUUCUACUGUUCCGAGUCAGCGACAGCGCUCCCCUAUUGUGAGGAUGUGUUUUCUUUUUGAACAG